AGCGUUGCAGCCAGCCCAUGUGGAAAACAUUGGGCGCAUGAGGCAUGUUAUUGUAAAAGGCUAGCUAGCACAUCUAUGGGUCUACUGAAUCUUGCUAAAUUCUAGUGUAUUCUGAGACAAUUUUCAAUUCGUUUCAUAUGCUAAGGUUUAAACGAUAAACAUGGACAAAGUCGGUAUACACUCUAGAAAGGGGAGAGAGACGAUGAAGAGAGUCUCUGAACCAGAGCCUGCCUACGAGGAAGAAGUGUUAAAAAGACACAAAAACGCCCAAGCAGUGACUGUUUUAGGCGAAGAAGAUGCAUCUGUAAAACUUCUUGAAUAUCUUGUUUUUGGUGCUGAAGAUGAUCUUGUGGAAAGGCUCGUGAAGGACAGAGAGGAUGGCGGUGCCACACUUCUGGAUGAUGACGAUUCCAGCGAAUCCGAUGUAGAGGAUGAAGCACGGCUGACGGUUCAGACAACCAGGACAGCGGUGUGGGAGGAUGAUGAUGAUGAUCUGGAGGAAGAAGUGGACAUGACACACCGGUUCCGUAGAGACCUGACCAAGAGUGACGCAGAGGUCAAGAUGUCCAAACAGAAGUUACAGCAGAGGAUGAAAGAACAGUUCCAAAAAGCAAUGGGUGGAAUGCCGUCCUGGGCAGAGUCAAAAGUCCGGAAAAAGAAUAAGAAAAAAGAUGACUCUGAUGAUGAGGAUGGAGAUGACCUGAUGAGGAAGACGGGCAACUUUGUUGGCUCAUCCGACAGUCUUCCCAAAGGAAUCAUACGGAUGAAGAAGUGCCUACACGCCAACAACGACCGGCCGUCUGAGGACCGGCUGACCACGGUGCAGUUCCACCCCUCCGCCCAGGUUGUCAUGACAGCAGGGCUCGACCAGUCCAUCUCUCUGUUCCAGGUUGAUGGGAAGACCAAUCCUAAGAUUCAGAGUAUUCACCUGGAGAAGUUCCCGGUGCACAAGGCCCAGUUCAGCGUGGACGGGGAGCAGGUGGUGGCCACCAGUUUCAGGAACAAGCUGUUUUACAUCUACGACAUGAUGGAGGGCAAGGUCAUCCCAGUCCACACUGUCAGAGGUCUGAGGGAACAGAGAGUGAAAGAGUUUGAAGUCUCCCCUGAUGGAGAAUCCCUCCUUCUCACUGGCACCUCCGGAUACCUCCACGUGUUAACAAUGAAGACUAAGGAGGUAGUGAACAGCAUGAAGAUCAACGGAAACAUCGCAGGAGUGGCUUUCUCCCACGACGGCAGCAAAGUCUUCACCAAUUCUGAGGAGGGUGAGGUGUAUAUAUGGGACAUGAGGAGCAGUAAAUGCCUGAACAGGUUCACAGAUGAUGGCUGUGUGAGUGGGACCUCCAUGGCUGCAUCCAAGAACGGACAGUAUCUGGCCUGCGGGUCAGCGGCAGGUGUGGUGAACGUGUACUCCCAGGAGGAGUGUAUGCAGCAGAACAACCCCAAGCCUCUGAAGGCCAUCAUGAACCUGGUGACCUCCGCCACCUCUCUCCGCUUCAACCCCACCUCCGAGAUCCUGGCCAUCGCCUCCAGGGCUGACGACGAGGCUGCCCGAUUGGUUCAUAUCCCCAGCUUCACAGUGUUCUCCAACUUCCCCAUGUUCCAGAGGAAAACCAUAUACAGAGCCCACCGCCUGGACUUCUCCCCAAACAGCGGCUUCUUCUCCCUGGCCAACAACGAGGGCCAUGCCCCUCUCUUCAGGUUGUUGCAUUACAAAAACUUUUGAUGAAGAGCAUCCCAAGCAGGCUCGUAAACAACAUCAAGACACCAAGCUCCCUCAAUACAACUACCAUUGUCUUCAAGAAGAUAUUUUACAAUGAAAAGGACUUGAAUUGAGAUAUCGGUUAUGCUUAUUACAUCUAUGAAAGUGUCACAGCAAGAUACCAUGUCUUUGUUAUCCUGUUUUUUUCCCCCCCUUCAAAUUUUGAGUAAUUACAUUUUUUUUUUAAGUGUUCUGUUUUCAAAAUGCACAUCCUGUAUAUGUCUUUCUGUCUACUUUAGGGUUUUACAAAUGUUUGUCUAAUGGAUAAAAUACAACUUCAUUUCCUUGA